ACUCGCUGGCAUUCACACGCCCGCUCGCCUCCCCACACCCGCUCUUGCUCCCGCCGGCGCGGUUCCUCUCCCUCUGCUGACUGGAAAGCAGGCUACGCUGCCGGGAAUCAUUACUCGCACUGGUGCUCCUCCUCCUCGCCAGGGCCUCCGCGGCUCGCUGCUGCAGCGCGGCCCACAGGAUACCGAACCAGGGCUGAAUUAUCGUUAUUUGUUUCAAUGCUCACUUCCGCGGGUGUGUGACCCCUCCCCCCUUCCUCCUAAAGGUGUUUAUGUUAUACGCGGAUGUGGAUCUGUUGCGAGGUGUAAUGUUGACGCAGGGGAUCGAAGUGCACGUUGGUGGAUAUUGAUACUUUUCUCACCCAAUUAUUUAUACUUACUGCUCACGUGGUGAAAAUCGCGCCCUCGGCACGCGUGGAAGUUAAAAGAGAAAGAGGAGAGAGAGAAAAAAGUAAGGAACCAGGGACAUUGGCCUCGAAGCCGAAGAGGAACGGAUUGUCGCUGCAUAUUCGUUAUGUUUGUCUCGAGUGAACGUGUGCGUGCGUGUGCUCGUGUAGAGACGUAAUCUGUUGUGAAGCUAUUGAUUGAGGUGCAAGGCUAGGUAACCCGCCCCGGAGUAUCGCGUGCAGGGCGAUGUAGAUGGUAAACAUCGGGGCAGAGACGCCGGGGCGGAGAGCUGGAGGUGGAGUGCCGUCCCGUGGCACAAGAGCCGCCGCACAGGUGUCAUGUCAUCCUUUACGAGGGCCGUGCUGACAGCGUGCCGACCCACGUAGGCUGAACCACGUGGGGAUAACCCUGUGCGUGACUCCCCCACCUCCCCUCCCCCCUCCCUUGUUCAAGACAGUGACUAUGGAUAAACUCUCCCGGAGCGCCCCUUGGCCAUGAAGACGUGUGUGCGCCGCCCCUGGCCGCCCACGCCACGGUCCUUCUCGCCCACUGCCACCACCACCGCCCUCCGGAUAUGGCUGCUGUGCGCUGUGCUGGUGGUGGGCGCGUGGGCGGACAACGCCGCCACGCACGGGCGGAGCGAGGACUGGGCCGGGGAGGCUGAGCCCACGGAGGCCUCCGACCCGUGCCCCAUGUGCGACAUCAGCCCGCUCCCGGAGGACACGGUGUCGGCGCGGGACCCGCCCGUCAAGGUGGUGUGUCACGACCAGCUCCUCAUCACGUCCUUCCAGGAUAUCUGGCCGCACUGCCUCCCGCCCACCACGAAGCAGCUAGACCUGUCUGGGAGUGGCCUCACGCGCCUCCCCGCCGGCAUCCUCUCGUAUUUGCCCAACCUGGAAAAACUGUAAGUUCCUGGCGCAGAGAAGAGAGAGAAGUUGGUGAGUUUGAGAUUUGGCCCUAAUUCAGUAGAGAAUAUUGAAUAAGGGCCUUACCAGCGCCAGCCUUGAUGAAAUGGUUAAUAUUUACUUCGAAAAAUGCUUCGUUUUGCUUCACUA